UCUCCCCACGCGGCCCACUGAACGGCCCAUCGGCCAGCGUGACCGACCGAGAUCGCGCGUGUCGCCGACCUCCUGCGCGGUGAGUCCGCCCGCGCGAUUGCAACCGCGGCACGCAGAAGAGGCAACUGAGCGGCGGCGGCCCUCGCGGGACCGCUCUCCCGAGACGAGCACCGUUGAUGGCGCAGGGAGAGGCCGACACGCCCGGCGCCGGCACCGCCGGCAGGACGGUGAAGCUCAAGGGCCUGGUCCCGGCGGCGACCAACACGGUGAACACGACGUUCAUCGUGCUCGACAAGGCGGCGCCGGCGGCCCGCCCGCCGCACCCCCACCCCCACGCUCAGGCCCGCGGCGGCGGCGAGGAGGUGACGUGCCUGGCGCUGGUGGCGGACGACCCCGCGGCGGCGCACUUCCUGCUGUGGGGCGGCGAGUGCGGCGCCUUCGAGCCUGGCGACAUCGUGCUGCUCACGGGCGGCAUCUUCUCGUACCACAGGGGGAACGCGCUCGUGCUGCGCGCGGGCCGCCGCGGGCGCGCGGAGAAGGUGGGCGAGUUCACCAUGCUCUUCGUGGAGACGCCCAACAUGAGCGAGAUCCAGCGAGGGCGCGACCCCGGCGACCCCCGGAGGAUGGUGCAGGAGGCCGUCGUCUCGCCCUACUCCCCGGUCUUCAAGCCGCCGCGGUGAUCUUUCUUCCAGUCGCAUCGCCGCUUGCGGCAUGGCCAUUCUCGCGCGAAGUGUGAGCACCUUGAUCUCAACCAAUUUCGUGUGCAUGCCUGAACUUCUGAAACAUGGAGAUAUUUGCAAUCCUGUGAUCAAGAAGAAUGAAACGAAACACACAAGCUCUCUGAAACCCGUAUCAGCUAUCAGCACCAAUGUCUGUCACGACAAGGUUACAACAAGUGCAAUCAGUAGCGCUUUGAUUGGUA